AGAGUCAUUUGGAAACUUCUGCUGGUGACAAAAGGUCAGAAUAUUUAAGAUCGUCCCGCUCAUGAGUGUGCUGACUGAGUCCAGCUGCUGGGAGCUUGAGAGUCUUUCUGGGAUGUGAUCGUGGAGACAAACAGCAGCUUUUCCUCCAACUUUUCAACUAGAAGCCGCUGGGAUGUUACACAAAGACUGCUGAUCAUCCUCUCUUUGCAUAACAGUGAGUUUUCACGAGGUAACACUGGCCUGGAUAUCAGGAAAUCCCCUUCUGGAACAUCGUAUGUGUGUCCUGCGGAGGAUCAGUAUAAUUCAGCCGAUGGGGGUUUAAUCCCGCUCUGGGGUAAGCCGGAGCAGUGUGUUAGUGAUGCUGGUGAUGGAGGUGAUUCAGUUCCACGGUCCCUGCCCCCCACAGGUAUGACCCAGACCCUAAACCCCUCCUGGAGCUCAGUGGAUAGGUUUUUCCAAUUCCUCUAUGUGUGGAGAACUACCAGGGUCGUGCAGCUCCCUCCCCGCCUCUGUGCAGCCAUAAAAGGCGUCCCCAGCUGGCGUCCCUCUUGUUGAUGAGGCUCCAGUGUUUAUUACUGAGUACUCUGCUCUCCAAACAGUUUUCCCCCCAAUGCGGCCUCCUCCUGAACACUCAGCCUGGCAUGCAGACUGUUUGAUGGAAAAAUAGACUUUUAUGCACACGUUAAAUGCACGUUCAAAUUGGAAAUAAACAUAAGCAAUGAUGUUAGUUGUAGAGUAGUUGUUCAUCUUUUCUGCACUUAGAGCUGAGGUUGGAUGUUGUGUAAGGAUAUAUGAAGUAUGUUUAGCCUGGAUUAUUGGAGGUCAUGUAAUCAAACAUACACACAAUGUUAGAAAAAGCUAGAGAAAAUACUGCCAGAUGAAAUUUGAAUUUAUGAGGAUUCUUAAGUCUUAUAGGCUUGUUACACAAGGCUCUGUCCUAUUAUGAACUUGAAAUAACGUUGUUUAAUCCUAGAGCACUCUGUAUACUACAGUGUACAGACACAAGUCCUUGUUUAAUCUGUUUUUUUGUACUUAACCUUUAUCCGGAAUAAAGUUGUAGCUGUAACCUAUUAGUGUUUUUCAACUUAAUGUAAUUCCUGUCUUUCACUUACCCUACAUGCCCUUUGUUGCAUCUUUCUCUCCUUUUUUACAGUUUUCAAUGAUAUUUUAUCAUCUAUGUUUUGGUGCAUGUUGGAUUUUGUUUAUUCCACAGUAGCAAAAGGUUCAAUAUUUAAAGAGAGUGAAGCCAGAUUUCUUUUGUCAUGUCUGGGCCUCUUCAUCAGUCCAGAUAAGAAAGCAAUCAACAGAUAAACCAAUCAAAUCAACUACUAAUCCUUGACAAGCAGCUGCACUCAAUCAACUAAUCAGUACAUUGUUCUGCUAAUCAGGAGGGAGGACCAGCACAAACAUCCAAAAUUACUCAGUUGAUUUUAGAACUCUAAAGCAAAUAGUGGACAAAAAUAAAAUCAAAAUAGACAAUGCCAGCAGCAAUGGCAUGGUUAUUUUAUCCUCUGCAUUUGCUAUGACCAAAAAUAUAACAAGAUAUUUUUGAUGAUUUUUUUUUUUUUUUACUUCAGUAUGAAAAUUGUAAGACAGACAGUACUUGUACUGUCUUGUUCCUAUUUUGUUGGCACUUAUAAGUUACAUGCAGAGUUAGUGAGCAUUACCUCUAAAAGUAAUCUGUAACAUUACACCAUUAUCUACUGAGAAAAUUAGCAUAUGAGAGUACAGAAAAAAAAACAAAACCCUACUUGUUCCACAUCACAUGCAAAAACAGCAGCCUGCUGUACUUCUCUUGUAAGUGUUGACUUUACCAUCAUUCUGCAGACUAGUUCAUUGCCCUUAAUCUGUAACUGUUUAGCUGUAUAACAUUAUUACCUAUGGAUAAACUUUAAAGCUCUUGAAAAUGCUCAAAAUCUUUCAAGGAAUUGUGUAGAAGAAUACAGCAUUGUUCACAGGCUGUGUGUAAUACGGUAUUCCGCACUAUAGUGGACGAAGCAAUUUUGAUGAAAACACUACAACACAAGCUUUGAACCUGAAUUUCCCUGUGAUGUUGUUCUUGUUCCUUUCUUCUAAAAAAUCAACAUUUCAUGUGUACUGCAGUCCUAUCUCUAAACACACUAGCUCAAUCAGCUAGCUAUGUAACCACAGACACAGCUGUGUUACCUCAUACACUGGUUGUAGAUAACAAUAUUUUUCAGCAUUAGAGAUGGCUUGGUUCUAUGACCAACAGUCUGUCUCAUGUUUGUUUCUAUUUCACACUUAUAUGAAUCUUUUGCACUAACAUGCUAAAACUCUUAAGACAGUAAUUGUGGUUAUUUGCAUGCUAGCUCGUUAUCGGGUUGUAAGCACUGGCAUUGGGAGUUUUUUUAGCAUGCUAACAUUAGCAUUGCUGUAGACUCUUUUUAACUUGGAAUCUCCUCCCUUCUUGUGCCCAAGGCAAAAAAGCUGGCAGAAUUCAAUUUAUUUAAUUUUUACCUGAAUUACAAGUGUAGCUUGUGGAGUAGUCUAACAUUUUGGAGUGAGGAAACAUUUUUGUGCAAUCUUGUCUUCAAUCCUUUCGAUAAACUAUCAAGGAGUGACUGUCUGUUAUUGUUAUCGUACUGAAUUUUUGAAACUAAUUUCGACAAGAGACAGUGCCUUGAGUCCCCUGGCAUCUUUGUCGCCCCUCCAAGAGAGGUCGGACCCCAAAUCAGGAACCACUGCUUUAGUUUACGGUGGUUCUAAAAGUCCCUUGCCCUGUUGUGAAAGCUUUAGGGGAAAUGUAAACUUUUCAGCCACUUUCAGUGAGAGUUACUGGAGUAUCUGUUAAUAGUCCUUUGGCAGGCAGUUCAGAAAUUGUCAUGUAAUGCUUCUGAACAGUCAUGUUUGAUAUUGAGGUUUUAUUGGUUUACUAACCAGAGUCCCUCUUUCCUCAGGGGUACAGCCGACUGGUUUGGGGUGAGCAAAGACAACGACAGCACCCAGCGAUGGAGGAGGAAGAGCCUGCAGCACUGCAGCCAUCUGUACGGGGGUCUAAAGCCGCAGGUGAUGAGGGAGAUGGAGCUACACAGCCAAGACAACCUCUCCCUGGCCAGCACUGAGACCCCUCCUCCCCUUUACCUCCCAUCCCACCACCCCAGUCACCACCACUAUGGCAUGCAGAGGAUCGUAGACCCCCUGGCCCGGGGUCGUGCUUUCCGCACAGCGGAAGAGACGGACGGCCUCAGUGUCCCGCAAACUCCCAUCACGCCCGGCACCGCCUCGCUUUGCUCCUUUUCCAGCUCCCGCUCCGGCCUCAACAGGUUGCCCCGAAGACGCAAACGGGAGUCAGUUGCAGUCAUGAGUCUAAAGGCUGCAGCGGCGCUAAUGAAGGGCCGGACUUUAGGCGACAGCACGACUGGACAAUGUCGCAAACGGAGUUUCAUGCCUCCUAGUUUCUUUGAAGAUGAAACUGUGGACUUCCCUGAUGAUCUGGACACUUCCUUCUUCACCAGAGACGGCCUGCAGGAUGAGCUGUCUAGUUAUGCUGAUGAAGUUUUUGAGACACCCUCAGAGGCUGACCUCAAACAGCUGGAUGAGAGAGAGCUCACAGGAAGUGCUCUUGACAAAAAUGAACUAGAGAGGAGUCACCUCAUGCUACCCUUAGAGCGAGGAUGGCGAAAAACUAAAGAUGCAUCUCUGGUCCAACCGAGGGUGCGCCUCAAACAGGAAGUAGUGAGUUCUAACAGCCACCAACAGAGGGGACAAAGGAUCGUCGUUCCUGUGAAGAGGCUGUUUGCCAAGGAGAAGAGGCAUUAUGGGCUCGGCAUGGUCGGACGUCUUACAAGCAGAUCAUACCGCAAGCGAAUCGACAGCUUUGUCAAAAAGCAGAUUGAGGACAUGGACGAUCACAGGCCUUUUUUUACCUACUGGAUCACAUUUGUCCAUUUGCUCAUCACCAUUUUGGCUGUAACUAUCUACGGCAUUGCACCUAUUGGUUUCUCACAACAUGAAACUGUCGACUCUGUGUUGAGGAAUAAGGGAGUUUAUGAAAACGUCAAGUUUGUGCAACAAGAAAACUUCUGGGUGGGUCCAAACUCAGAGGCGCUAAUUCACCUCGGGGCAAAGUUUUCACCUUGCAUGCGUCAAGACCAAGAGAUCCACAAACUAAUCCAGGAGAAAAAAGCACGGGAGCGAGAGUCAGGCUGCUGCGUGAGGAACGACCGCUCCGGCUGCCUGCAGACUGUUCAGGAGGAGUGUUCGAGCACUCUAGCAGUGUGGGUAAAGUGGCCUCAACACCCCAGUGCCCCCAGUUUGAAUGGUACUCUCCGCCAGCAUGGGGCAGUCUGCCAUCAGGACCCCAGAAUCUGUUUGGAGCCGGCCUCCGUUUCACCUCAUGAUUGGCCUGAUGACAUCACCAAGUGGCCAAUUUGUACAAGAUAUAACUCUGGGAAUCACACAAACCUCCCUCACAUAGACUGCACCAUCACAGGCCGGCCCUGCUGUAUAGGAACCAAAGGACGGUGUGAAAUCACCUCCAGAGAGUACUGUGACUUUAUGCACGGCUACUUCCAUGAAGAGGCAACUCUCUGCUCACAGGUGGCCUGUAUGGAUGAUGUGUGUGGUUUACUGCCUUUCCUCAACCCAGAGAUCCCAGACCAGUUCUCUCGUCUCUGGCUGUCUCUCUUUUUACAUGCAGGGAUCCUGCACUGUCUCGUGUCAGUGUUUUUUCAAAUGACGGUACUGAGAGACAUUGAAAAGCUGGCUGGCUGGCUGAGAAUCUCCAUCAUUUACAUGCUGAGCGGCAUCACCGGCAACCUGGCCUCAGCAAUCUUCCUGCCCUACAGAGCAGAGGUGGGUCCUGCAGGCAGUCAGUUCGGCAUCCUGGCCUGUCUGUUUGUAGAGCUGUUUCAGAGCUGGCAGAUCCUGGAGCGACCAUGGCGAGCAUUUGCAAAGCUUUUGGCCAUCUCUGUGUUCUUCUUCUCCUUUGGUUUGCUCCCUUGGAUCGACAACUUUGCCCAUGUUUGUGGUUUUGUGUCAGGGUUCUUCCUGUCAUUUGCCUUUCUACCAUACAUCAGCUUUGGGACCUCUGACAUGUACCGGAAACGGGUCCAGAUCUGUGUUUUCCUGCUGGUCUUCCUGGGUCUGCUCUCUGCUCUGGCUGUUCUUUUCUACGUCUACCCCGUGAAGUGUGACUGGUGCGAGUACCUCACCUGCAUCCCCAUCACGGACAAGUUCUGCGAGAAGUACGACUUGAAUGCUAACCUCCUUUGACCCAUCAGCUACUCCACUGAUAAUUAGCUUGAGCGUUGCAGAACAUUCCUACUGAAGUGACCAGUAUUUUUUUUUGAUUUUCAUAUCUUCUCAUGUGCAUUUCUGUCUGAAAAGAGAAAAAAAGAAAAAAAAGCCUUUAGGCUUUUAAUCAAGAAGAUUACAACACGUGAAGAGAAUGAUCAAAGUUAACACUUAAUUUAUGUUUAGCCGAUCUGUAGCUGGGCUAAUGACUGACCAGUCAUAUCAGAGGAGAGUUACAGAGUUGUUUCCUGCCAGAUGAUUUACCUCUCUUCUUUGAUAAAAAGGAAAAAGCACCGCCUAGUGGCCAAAGGGAGCAGUGCAUUCUGAAAUAGCUACUGUGGAUUUGCGUUUUUCUACUUUUUUACUGACAUCCAACCAGCUCUGUCCUUUUUCUGGAAGCCCUAAGAGUUAAAACUCGCCAAGAACUGAGACUCUAAAAUACAUGAAUGUGCCUUAUUGACACAACCCCAAACAUGUUAUUUAGUGCCAUAGAUCAGUUUGUGUCAGCAGUUCUGCUGCUCUAAAUACAUUCUUUUCACACUCAUGUUGUCAAAUAAAAAGGUUUUUACGCCAGUGUUGUGAGGUUAAAAAUGCCAUUUUUACCACUGUUUUUGAUGCACUUCAAUCUCAAAUGGGUUGUUUUUUACAUGCACCAUGUAGUAAUCUGUACAGAGCACAAAUGCAAAGUGAUAUGCUUCAUUGUGAGUAUCUGUGACUAAGGUGAAUCUGUGUUUUUUUUUACACUAUGGUGGCGUUUUAGCCACCUGAAAAUAAAUUCAACAAGAC